GCAAUUGUCCUGCUUCAGCAUCCUGAGUGGUGGAAAUUUCACAAGCGUUGUCGUUCACGCUCAGAGACGAUAUCCUAACUCUGCGAACUUCAUUCAGCGCGGCGAGAAAUUCCACACCUGCCGUAUGUGUCACUGUCUCAGCAGAUGGCACCGCCCAGUCCCAGGAACAGUACCCCUAAUAGUAGCAGUGGGAGCAACAGCAGCGAGCAGCUGAGCAAAACCAAUCUGUACAUCCGCGGACUGCAGCCGGGCACCACCGACCAGGACCUUGUCAAGCUCUGUCAGCCAUAUGGCAAGAUUGUCUCCACCAAGGCCAUCCUGGACAAGACCACGAGCAAAUGCAAAGGCUAUGGUUUUGUGGACUUUGACAGUCCCUCAGUGGCACAGAAGGCUGUUACCGCACUGAAAGCCAGUGGUGUGCAGGCACAAAUGGCAAAGCAACAGGAGCAAGACCCUACAAAUUUAUAUAUCUCAAACAUCCCUCUGUCGAUGGAUGAGCAGGAACUGGAGGGGAUGCUGAAGCCGGUUGGUCAGGUGAUCUCCACCCGAAUCCUUCGUGGGACCAGCAGGGGAGUUGGCUUUGCAAGGAUGGAGUCCACAGAGAAGUGUGAAGCCGUCAUCAUCCACUUUAACGGGAAGUAUAUCAAGACGCCCCCUGGAAUGGCAGCACCAUCUGACCCCCUGCUCUGCAAAUUUGCUGAUGGCGGGCCAAAGAAACGCCAGAACCAAGGGAAAUUUGUGCAAAAUGGAUGGGUCUGGCCAAGGAAUGGAGACAUGGGUGGUAUGGCCUUGACCUAUGACCCCACCACAGCUCUUCAGAAUGGGUUCUACCCAGCCCCAUACAGCAUUGCCCACAGCAGGAUGCUCGCUCAGUCUGCACUCUCCCUGUAUCUCCCAUCUCCUGGGUCCUCCUAUCAGAGAGUGACCCAGACAUCUCCUCUCCAAGUGCCUAACCCAUCCUGGAUGCAACACCAGUCGUACCUCAUGCAGCCUUCAGGCUCAGUUCUUACACCAGGGAUGGACCACCCUCUUUCUCUCCAGCACGCCUCCAUGAUGGGACCUCUUACCCAACAAUUGAGUCACCUGUCACUCAGCAGCCUGGGCACGUUCAUGCCAACGGCUGCUGCCAUGCAAGGAGCUUACAUCCCCCAGUGCCCUCCUGUGCCUUCCUCCAGUGUCUCUGUUGAGGAGAGCAGUGGUCAGCAGAGUCAAGUGGCAGUGGAGACACCCACAGACCAUGGGGUUUUUCCUUUCCAGUUCAGCAAGUAACAAGGCCCGGGCCUGAGAAAAGAAACUGCAUGCCUGCCUUGGGCUGUUUUCCUGUUGAUGGAGCCUAGGGAACCAUGUCGCUCUUCGUAUGCACUACAUCCAAGACGAAAGAACUUACACCGGCUGAGCUGCCUCCCACCUUCACAGAGAGGUCGGGGUGUGUCGGAAUUACUUAGGAAGGCUUGUCAAAUGAUUUCUUUAAAAAGAAAAAAAGUGCUGGAAAAUCGAUGAAGGA